CCCCACAAGACUACUCUACAAGACACACCGAACACGCGCAACAGUACGUGGCUAGCUGAGGCGCCAUGGGGUCGGAGGCCUGCCAUGAGAAGCCGCACGCCGUGAUGAUCCCGUACCCGGCGCAGGGCCAUGUCACGCCCAUGAUGAAGAUGGCCAAGCUGCUCCACACGCGGGGCUUCCACGUCACCUUCGUCAACACCGAGUUCAACCACCGCCGGCUGCUCCGCUCGCGCGGGGCGGGGGCGCUCGACGGCGUCCCGGGCUUCCACUUCGCCGCCAUACCAGACGGGCUGCCGUCGUCCGACGCCGACGCCACGCAGGACGUCCCCGCGCUCUGCAACUCCACCAUGACCGCCUGCCUCCCCCACCUCCUGGCCCUUCUUGCCAGGCUCAACGACCCGGGCUCCGGGGUGCCGCCGGUCACCUGCCUCGUCGUCGACGGCGUCAUGUCGUUCGGUUAUGACGCCGCCAAGGAGAUCGGCGUGCCCUGCGCGGCCUUGUGGACGGCCAGCGCGUGCGGGUUCAUGGGCUACCGCCACUACCCGCAGCUCAUCGAGUGGGGUUUCGUGCCUUUCAAAGACGAGGCCCUGCUCACGGACAAGGCGCACCUGGACACGGUGGUGCAGGGCGUGCGCGGCAUGUGCGACAACAUGAGGCUGCGGGACUUCCCGUCCUUCAUGCGCACCACCGACCGCGGCGACAUAAUGCUCAACUUCUUCGUGCACGAGGGCGGGCGCCUGUCGCUCCCCACCGCUGUCAUGAUCAACACGUUCGACGAGCUGGAGCGGCCGGUCCUCGACGCCAUGCGCGCCAUCCUCCCGCCCCUCUACACCGUGGGGCCGCUGCUUCUCCACGCCCACCACGCCGUCCCGGACGGCACCUCGCUCGACGCCCUGGGCUCCAACCUCUGGAAGGAGCAGGACGGCCUCCUCGACUGGCUCGACGGCCACGGCGCCAACUCCGUGGUGUACGUGAACUACGGCAGCAUCACCGUGAUGACGAACGAGCAGCUCCUGGAGUUCGCGUGGGGGCUGGCCAACAGCGGCUACCCUUUCAUAUGGAACAUCCGGCCGGACCUCGUCAAGGGCGACACGGCCGUGCUGCCGCCGGAGUUCAUGGCCUCCAUCGACGGCCGUGCCAUGCUCACGACGUGGUGCUCGCAGGAGAAGGUCCUCGCGCACAAGGUCGUGGGGGUCUUCCUGACGCACUCCGGGUGGAACUCCACGCUGGAGAGCAUCUCUAACGGCGUGCCGAUGCUCAGCUGGCCCUUCUUCGCGGAGCAGCAGACCAACUGCAGGUACAAGUGCACGGAGUGGGGGAACGGGAUGGAGAUCGACGGCGAGGUGAAGCGGGAGGUCCUGGCGGCGAUGAUACGCGAGGCCAUGGAAGGGGAGAAGGGGCUGGAGAUGAGGAGGCGUGCGGCGGAAUGGAAGGAGAGUGCGGUUAGAGCCACGCUUCCUGGAGGAUCCGCGGUGACUAACCUGGACACGGUGAUCCGUGACGUGCUCCUCGCCAACUUCAACAACAAAAACUGAAUUAUCCACAUGCAUGUUGGGGUCCAAUGCCUAUCCAAGAGGCGAGAGUCGAGAUUUUUUUUAAGACGAGGGCAACUUGUAUUUUGUAUGUUUAUCCUCUUUAUCAUGGAUCCAAAGUGUAUUUUGGGUAUUGUGUAUUUUGCAUGUUGAUUCCCUUU